AUGUACAACGGGUCGUGCUGCCGCAUCGAGGGGGACACCAUCUCCCAGGUGAUGCCGCCGCUGCUCAUUGUGGCCUUUGUGCUGGGCGCACUAGGCAAUGGGGUCGCCCUGUGUGGUUUCUGCUUCCACAUGAAGACCUGGAAGCCCAGCACUGUUUACCUUUUCAACUUGGCCGUGGCUGAUUUCCUCCUUAUGAUCUGCCUGCCUUUUCGGACAGACUAUUACCUCAGACGUAGACACUGGGCUUUUGGGGACAUUCCCUGCCGAGUGGGGCUCUUCACGUUGGCCAUGAACAGGGCCGGGAGCAUCGUGUUCCUUACGGUGGUGGCUGUGGACAGGUAUUUCAAAGUGGUCCACCCCCACCACGCGGUGAACACUAUCUCCACCCGGACGGCGGCUGGCAUCGUCUGCACCCUGUGGACCCUGGUCAUCCUGGGAACACUGUAUCUUUUGCUGGAGAACCAUCUCUGUGUGCAAGAGACGGCCGUCUCCUGUGAGAGCUUCAUCAUGGAGUCGGCCAAUGGCUGGCAUGACAUCAUGUUCCAGCUGGAGUUCUUUCUGCCCCUCGGCAUCAUCUUAUUUUGCUCCUUCAAGAUUGUUUGGAGCCUGAGGCAGAGGCAGCAGCUGGCCAGACAGGCUCGGAUGAAGAAGGCGACCCGGUUCAUCAUGGUGGUGACCAUUGUGUUCGUCACGUGCUAUCUGCCCAGCGUGUCCGCUAGACUCUAUUUCCUCUGGACGGUGCCGUCCAGCGCCUGCGAUCCCUCUGUCCACGUGGCCCUGCACAUCACCCUCAGCUUCACCUACAUGAACAGCAUGCUGGAUCCCCUGGUGUAUUAUUUUUCAAGCCCCUCGUUUCCCAAAUUCUACAACAAACUCAAAAUCUGCAGUCUGAAACCCAAGCAGCCAGGACACUCAAAAACACAAAGGCCAGAAGAGAUGCCAAUUUCGAACCUCGGUCACGGGAGUGGCAUCAGUGUGACAAAUAGUUUCCAAAGCCAGUCUGAUGGGCAGUGGGAUCCCCACGUUGUUGAGUGGCACUGA